UCCGCCAUUUCUCAUCCUCCCUAUAGGAGGGGGGACAACUUCCGGUGUCAAUUUCCACUUCCGGUGUCGCUCGGCCGCCAUCUUUGUACUUCGCUUGAAAUAGAAUAAUAUUUUUUUUUCGAAAAGUUGUUAAGGGGAGAAGAAUUAUUUUUACCAAUUUGGGUUCGAGCAGUUCUAUGUAAUCCGGACGACGUCUCAUCCACCGACUGGCUGAGAUGUCACUGGUGGAUCUUGGGAAGCGGCUGUUGGAAGCAGCUCGGAAAGGCCAGGAUGACGAGGUCCGGUCGCUCAUGGCCAACGGAGCCCCCUUCACCACAGACUGGCUGGGGACAUCGCCGUUACAUCUGGCAGCUCAGUAUGGACACUAUUCCACCGCUGAGGUUCUGCUCAGGGCCGGGGUUAGCAGGGAUGCCCGAACCAAAGUGGACCGGACCCCUCUGCACAUGGCUGCCGCCGAGGGACACACUGUGAUUGUUGAGUUGCUUGUCAGGAGCGGCGCAGACAUCAAUGCCAAAGACAUGCUGAAGAUGACCGCGCUGCACUGGGCAGCCGAGCACAGCCACCGCGAGGUGGUUGAGCUGCUGCUCAAGUAUGGUGCGGAUGUCCAUGCUCUCAGCAAGUUCGACAAGACGCCUUUCGACAUUGCGGCGGAUCACCAGAACACCGAGCUCAUGGUGUUGCUGCAGGAGGGCAUGCAGAGCCAGGUGAAUGUGAACCCUGUGCAGACCUCUCAGUUCAUCAUCUCCUCCUCUGCUGCCGGGGUGGUCAACCUCGCUGACCUCAUCUCCACCACCGCCAAGCCUACCUCAGGGGAAUGUGUCUCCACCACUUCAGUGCUAGCCACGCUUGCUGCCUUGGCUGAAGCCUCAGGCCCCAUGGCCAACUCAAACACACCAGCUGACUCCGAGGAGGUGAUCGCUGCCGACUCGGUCAACUCGGCCAUCCAGCACAUGGUGGGCGAUGGGGGUCAGAGGGUCAUCACCAUAGUGACAGACCAGCACGGCAACCUGCAGCCGGCGGGGCUCGGACAGCAGUUCUUCGUCACCAUGCAGCAUGGCCAGCAGAUGGUGGCGGUGCCUGCCGGUCAGAUAACAGAGGAGGUGGUGGAAGUAGAAGCUCAGCCCCCUCCGGCACGCAGGAGGAGAGUGGAAGCUGCAGCCAACCACACAGACGCUGACACGGAGGUUGAGGGGACUGGCAGCCGGGAGCUGCUGCAGAAACAGCUGCAGGAGGCGAACCGCAAGGCACAGGAGUAUCGGCAGCAGCUGCUGAAGAAGGAGCAGGAGGCAGAGCAGUACCGCCUCAAACUGGAGGCCAUCGCACACAGUCAGACCAACGGCACCGAUACCUGCGACCAGGGCGAGGGCGACCCUGAUGCUGACGGGGAGGGGGAGGUGGUGCAGGAGGCAGAGGAGGUGCUGGGAGGAGAGCAGGUGGUGGUCCUCCCCGAAGGGGCCAUCAUCAUCAAGGCGGAGGAGCUGGAUGCUGCGGGGGAGCAGGUGACACUGGUGGAGACGGUGGAGACCACACCGGUUCACACCGAAGUCACCUCGUAGGAACUGGCCUGAGCAGCACAGACAGGCCUGCAGGGACUGACUGCAGGGACUGACCACCUGCCGCUGAGAACGUUCCGCUUCUUUUUGUUUCCUUUACCCUUUUUGUACCACGAUUAUUAUUGUUCCUGUUGUUGUUUUUUUUCUUAUAUGUAUUUUAUUUGUGUGAAUAAGCCAUGGCAUACGUGCGGAGUGGAUGGGGGAUAACGUGUUGGAAAUCGCAGUCACAUGACUCUAAAGUGCAGGACACAGACACACACGCAAACAUGCGCACACACACACACGCAGAGUAAGGUGGGCAGCCCAAACAAGUGUACCCGCUGUUCACUCUGCUUUUUGUCCACAGGUUCAGACAGGAGCUACAGACCUGACAGAUGAGCUCCUUGACUCUGUUCUUAUAACACACAGUUAGGUUGUGUCAUCUGGGAGGUGUCGCUGCAUUCCAGCCGUGAGGCCCAGGGUGUGUGGGAUGUGACGUGAUGUGCUGCAUCUCCACAGCAGUGAGUGACUGGGGGUUUGCGAUUCACGCUCCCGCUUUCCCCAUGUGGAGCAGCUGACCGCCCUUCACCCUGAGCUGCCAAUUGUGUUUCAGCACACAGGAUGGCACCGCCGCUGCCCUCAGCCUCUGUUUGCCUGUGAGUGUGCAUGCGCGUGGGUGGGUGGGUAUGGGUGUUUGAUGCCUGAAGGUAGCCACUCCUUUAGGAUCAGCUGGUAGUAUUUGUUCUCGAGAGUAAACAGCACAAGUCAGUUGCUCCUCUCGCUUUCCGCUCUUUCCUUGGUAGACUUGAGCCUCACCGCCUCUGUCUCAGGCACUCUGGGAAAGUUUGGUGGAUGUGGCAUGCGCUCACCAGAGCUUUUACCACAAAAAGUGCAUUCUGGGACAGGAGUGCUGCAGUGCAGAUUUUCACGGACUCCAAUGGACACACACACUAAUUUCCCACCGGAGAGCAGAGACUCUCAGCACCGUCCAGGGAGCAGAUGAGCCCCGGGAUCCCUGAUAUGGCUAUGGGGUCACCAUGGAUACCAGUAUCUUUUCACCAUGGAUACGAGGCCGCUGUCUGUUGGCGGGAGCUGAAUGCAACGGCUGCUCUGUCUCCUCAGCUGUGACUUCUGGCCUCGUUGCUCAACCAUCCUAGAAACACACCUUCCCCCGACGCCUACAUGAGGUGAGGGGGACGUCCUUCUCAGGAGCGCUCGUCUUUCACAACGGCCCCCAGGGUCAGCCAGCUUACAGUUUAUCCUCCCACAUUUCAUGUGAAUAGUUGAUUAUUUUUUCAAGUUACUCUGCAGUUUGUGCUUAUUUUAUAUUUACCAAUUUUGCUUUCUAACUGUUGUUAUAUUUCGGGUGACUCUUGCCAUGGAGAGUAAUGAAUGCUUUUGUACCUUUUACCCAAAACAUACUGUUGUCGUUUGGUACUCCCUCUUUCCGCCAGCAGGUGUCACUACAUUUAAUGCUUUGUCCCUCUUUCACAGAGGUAUCGCGUGUUUGUACUGACAUCCCCACUGCUGCCACAUGAGUAGACUGUGCAGAACACACUGCGCUCCCACUGAAACUCUACUUGAGGGUGCAGCACUGUGUGAAAAAUCUCCAAAGAGUCAGAAUGAGUAAAUUGGGAAGCAUUUCAUUGACGGCAACAUUAAUGAAGAGGAGGCAACUUCUGGGUGGAGUCUGGUCCUUUUCAGAGAGCCUGUCUUAACUUGGGCAGAAACACAGUACUGUACCUUCAACAAAUAGUUGGGUGUACAGUGGUGCACUGUGAAUGGGCAGAAGAUGGCAAUUACCCAUAUUCAAUAACCAUUAACUCUGAGAUGGGAACCAUGAGGAAUUUGCUAAUCCUUAGCUCAUUUUACUUCUAGUGCUCAUUAAUUGAUUUCAUCACGAGGAAGCGAGUUAUUCUGUAGUCUUUACAGAUCCCACAAGGCUUUUUACCAGGACUACUACUUAUGCAAAUUAGCAAUCUGUGUCUUAAAUAAGGGACUUUUCAUGAUUUUUUUUUUUUUUGUAUGUACAAAUAAGCACUAUCAGGGAUUGUCUUCCAGACAUUUUAAGAACCAAGAAAUAAUUAAAACCAAUACAAUACAGGUUGAGAUAUUAGAGGUUGGAAAAUGUAAAAUAGUUUUGUAAAAGGCAAUUUUUUUU